GUUCAUUCAGAUCGGUUAAUGGAUUUAACGCAGAAGCCAGUCCACCGUCUGGUCCGGUCCCUAGUUCCCCAUCUGAUUCAGCUAGUAGCUCCCAAUCUACCCAUUUAGUUAAAUACACACCAAAUAGAAGAUCUUCUCGCAGCAGGAGAAAGAGUGAAUCCAUAAAACCUCAGGAUACUCCGUCAAUUCAGAAAAGGGAUAGUUUAAAAAAAAGGUCAGACGAAGGUAAAGUUGAGCGGACAAAAUCAUCUGAUGCAGCUAAAAAAGAAAGUCCACGCUCCACGGUCAACUCUCCAUCGCCUCCCCCGCGCGGGAAAAGAAGGAGCAUGUACCUUUUGCGUGGAGAAUGA